GCGUUAUAUGACGUCAGCGGGCCUGAAGGCGGAAGUAAGACAAUCAACAACUGAACACGGAACAGCGUUUCGCGAUAUUAGUGGUUUCUUAGAAACAAACGGUCUCACGGUGAUUGUGUGACUUUAUAGAAUAUUAAACAGCAUGUCGGUAUUUGCAAAAUGGUUCAGCAGCGGGGGGAAAAGCGGCAAAGCCCCAAGCCCACAAGAGGCGAUCCAGAAACUCCGCGAGACAGAAGAGAUGUUAACGAAGAAACAAGAAUACUUAGAGCAAAAGAUCGAAGGGGAACUAUUAACAGCAAAGAAAAACGGAACGAAAAACAAACGAGCUGCUUUACAGGCUCUGAAAAGAAAGAAGCGAUAUGAGAAGCAGCUCGCUCAGAUCGAUGGCACUCUUUCUACAAUUGAGUUCCAGCGAGAGGCUUUAGAAAAUGCGAAUACAAACACAGAGGUGCUGAAGAACAUGGGCUUUGCCGCCAAGGCCAUGAAGACGGCUCAUGAGAACAUGGAUCUAGACAAAGUGGAUGACCUCAUGCAAGACAUCACGGAGCAACAGGAGUUGGCACAGGAAAUUUCAGAUGCUAUUUCAAGGCCUGUCGGCUUUGGAGAAGAAUUUGAUGAGGAUGACCUGUUGGCUGAACUUGAAGAGUUGGAGCAAGAGGAGCUAGACAAGAACCUGCUGGAAAUUGGUGGCACAGAGGAUGUACCUCUGCCAAGUGUGCCUUCAAACCCAUUACCCAAAAAAACAGUCCCAAAAAAGAGAGAAGAGGAGGAUGAGGAUGACAUGGAAGAGCUUAAGGCAUGGGCAAUGUGAACUUACCACAGACUUAAAGACUCUCUUGCUUGUCGUGGUUAGGUUAUAUGCGCAAACCUGAGCACCUUCAGAGGGUUAACACUACAAAUCACAGUAUGGCUAGUAAGAAGUCCAGAGAAACAAGAUUUACAAAUGCAAAUGGAUAUGAAAGUAAACCAGACAAUGCAAUCUGAUUACAUAAGAUGUAAGAUGACUCAUAUAACAUUUGGCCGUUAUUAAUGAAAUAAUGCAUUGUGGUUUCUAAUCUUCCCUCUUUUCAUACAGUUUAUUUGAUUUCUUUACACUUUGGACACUGUUAGUUUCGUUAUAGAAUUAAGCAUGUUUGCUGAUGCACAUCAUUUACAUGCUCUGCUUUCCAACUGACCUAACUCAUCUGACAAAAAAGUAGAUUUGGUACUUGUUGUUUACUUCAGUCUUUGACUCCUAUGUGUUUAUCAUAUUUAGUACCUCCAGCUGAAUAUAUUUUGUAUUUCUUUAUAACUGAUAAAAAAUACUCCCUUAUAGACUGCCCAUCAUGUAUUUUUUGGUGCAGAGUCCAAACCAUUGCCGAAAAUUACUUAUUUAACGGCAGGUCGUUCCUGUUAUGCAUUUUCUGGCCUUAUACAUUAAUGUGCCGAGGAUUUUAUCCGGCAGUAGAUGGUUGUAAUUAUUAAAAAAUAUUAUAUAAACUAUAUUACAUUUUUCUUUUCUCAUUUGGGAGCAUACAGUUUUGUUUUGGGUUUUUUUUUUUUUUGAAAAAAAAAUGCUGUAUUUGUUCAGGUCAGUGCAUAAGCAUAUAUGUACAUUUGUAUGAUUGACAAUUUUCAGAUGGCUUUUACUUGAGAGAUCAUUAAACUUUUGGAUUCCUUCUAGUGUUGUUAGUCUUUCUGUUGUGUUUUAAAAAUGUAUAUCAUUCAUCUUGAUGCUUGCACUUAAGCAUAUAAGAAUGCGUCUGCUGUACCAUGUGCCUUAAUUUUCCAUAUGCUUAUGCAACUUGAGUGGGUUGACAUGUGACUGUGUGUAAUGCCAGAUAACAGAAUGCUAGGAUUUAUAUGGGAUAAGUAAGAAUAAUACAUGCACUGCACCUAGUUUCUAUAGUUAUGCAUUUUCUUAUGACUGACAUGCCUAUCAUGUCCCCUUUUGUUCUGUAAUCCCUUUGCUCGGUUUGGGGUUUUGGGAUGGUUUAUUAUGUUCAAUAAAGCGCAUCGCUGUUGUCAUGUUUAAAAA